AUGACCAAGUUACAUUUCAAUAAUUGUUGUGGAAUCGUUGACUUACAACGAGGUGUUGUUCUUAUUACUAUAUUUGCUUUGCUUAAUAAAGUUUCCGGAUUUUUCGGAAUACCAACAAUAUUUGAUGGAGCGGACCAUUUAUUAUUGGCGGAAACUGAAAAACCGAAACAAAAUAAUGAAUUAAAUAAUAACAAGGAGGCAGUUAAUGUAUUAGAAACUUCAACGUUACCAGCAUGGAAAGCUGAAUCUGCAAUUGCAAUAAUUAUUUUGAUCGCUUCUGCACUUAUACAUGUCUAUUUUGCUCUUGUGAUUAAUUCUUAUGCCAAUUUCGUACAAAAAAAGAAAUAUUAUUAUCCUUCAUCAGGAAUUAUGCCCGUUCCCCGUGUAUCAACAUCUGGCACAGCAUUAUUAAAAACUGAGACUAAUUCUCGUAGACAUGUAAGUAUUGAGGUGGAAGAUGAGGAUAAUUAUUAA